AUGUCUAUCUAUAAUUUCCUAAUCACUGUAGAGAGGAGAAAAAUAACCAGAAAGAUCACAGCAGCUGAGAAGAAGAUAGCGGCCGAAGGGACGACAGCCGAGGAGAUACAAGAGGCGCAGGCAAAUAUCGAGGAGUACAAACGACAACUCAAUUAUGUAGUGUACUUUCCAAAGCUGGAGCCGUACGUAUCAAUACUGACCACAGAGCCACUCUCAGAGAAAGGGGCGGCCACACGCACCGAGAUAUACGACAGCAUUAACAAAGCCGUGGCAGACCGAAACCUGCCUCAGAUCACCACCCACAACCCCACCAAAGCACUAUUCGACCCCAAAAACAGAAAUGGACACGCCAAGUCCACGCAACAAGCGAAACCACAGAACAAAGACAAGAAGGACAAAUCAGAGCCCGAAACCGCGAAAAUGGAGGAGGGCGGGUUCAACGAUUUGUUCUUUGUGUUGGACAAAGCCGGCGACAACUCGCAACAGGAUGCAGAUACCCUGGCGGAUGCUCCAGUGGUAAAGAACAGCUCUAAGAAACGCGCAAUCAUCGGUGGGAAGGAGGGGGAGGGCAUCUCCAGCGACCACACGAAGAAGCGCAAGAUCAAAGAAUUAGUCAAGAGUCAUAAGAAGAGCAAGGGAGCUCAAUAAACAAAUCGGAAACUAAAGCUGGA